ACAGUUGAGUUUAUGAACAUUCCAGUACAAAAACGCAGUGCACAGCUGAUCAGUGGUCUCGACGGACGGUCGCCGCUCGCUCGUAAUUUUGAAGACUAAAUUUUAAUUCACAUCACAAGAUCGUUUAGACAACAAGUUAAUGAAACUGCGACCAUUUCAAUGAGAAAAGGUUCAUAAGCAAGUGAUAUAAAGUGUGUUUUCAGUUUAUUAUUAGUGUUCAAAGUGAGCAGUGUGACCGUUCUUAACUCUGGACGUUUCAAUGGUUGCCAUUCGGCCUUUCCACGAGGAUGGGGGCCCGCGAUGGGGGACUGUCACUGCUCUAACAUCGCGAUAAUGCAGCUAUUCCAUGAGCUGAAGCAGCAGUUUCCUGCACUCCCCGAUCACGUUGUGUCACAGUGCAUCGCCCAGAACAGCCACGACAAGGAGACAUGUGCUCGAAGCCUCCGUGCGACGCAGGAGUCGCGACCGCCCUCGGGCGCGUUCCCACCCCCACCGCCCUCCGAAACCCUGACGUCGUUCAACACCCUAACAAUGAAGCACGCGAACCAUUCGAACCACUCGAAUCACGUGAACCAUUCGAACCAGCAUCCUCACGCCGCACCACGUCCUCACCGACCCUCAUCCCUCGACAUAGGUGUAGCUCACACCUGUCCCGGAAUACGAAAUGGCGCUCCCGCGUCCGCACCAGCCGCGUACCCGACAAGGGGCUUCUUCGACGAUAUGACCAACCCCAACGCUGGCUUCGAACUCAACGUCAACGUAGCCUGCAGCCCCGCAGCCGGCAAUCGCGAAUUUCGAACGAUCCCAGUCGGUGGUACCUGUAAACGAAGCUCCCUUCUGGUGGAACCUCGGCCCCACUACGUUUGCCACGUCCAGCCGGACAACGGAGGACUCACCAAUGGUCUCGCCGAUAAUUCCCGGAGUUACACCUCCGUCAGUUUAACCCUGAGACCACCGUCCUCCGAACCCCAACCUCCGAUCAAUAUCAGAUCACACGGAUCGAGUCUCACCUACUCGACCUCAUCCGUUGACCCUAGGGGCUUUCAAAGCCGCCUCCAGAUUAGCAUAGGUCCCGGAACACUAGGCAGUGUUGCCGCUGCAAGAAUAAGGCCACCGAUGGGUCCCACCAGACCGACAACCCUGCUACCCCCGACUACUACACCGCAAAGGCCCCCAGGGCUUCCGGCUGGACCACCGAGUCAACUUCCUCGCCCUACGACAACGGUCAGCGCACCAACGACGCCCUCGGUACCGACGACAGGAAUCCUGGCACCCUCGACGAGCCUUCCGACUACUCCGGCGUCGUCGCAACCCGCUAAUUUCUCAACCAAUCUCAGCCCCGUAAAUCAUGCAACGACAAGUACGACCAUUGCUGACUUAACGAAAUCGCCGAUAAACAAAGUGGCGGAUCAUCAGAAACAGCUGGUCGCCGAACAAAUGUUGAGAAGAAAUCGCCUAGCGAACGAAUUACGAGCGGAAAAAGGAAAACUCGAUGCCAUGAAACGAGAACUUCAAUGUCUAGCGAGACCGUUCAACGCAAGGACACCCCCGCAGGAAGUGGAGAGGAAACUUCGUAGCGAAAUUUACCAGCUCCAAGUUGAAUGCGAUAGGAUGGCUAGCGAAGUUGACCAAACAUCAGACCCAGCAGUGCCUCUGGGAGAAACAAACGAAGAGUUCUAUCAAAGCAUCUACACAGGGCAGCCGUUCGUUCCUUUCGCUGGUGUGAAUUCGUCCCUGCCACCACCCCUACCGUCGCGACCACCCGUUUGGGCACCCGUUGGUGGAGAUCGAGACGAUCGCGACGGACCUUCUUGGGUCUGUAGGAUGUGCACCUUCGACAAUCAUCCACUCAUGGACAAGUGCGAACAGUGCGAUAUGCCGCGUUUGCCAAGUCAUAGUGCAGGUACGAUUAAUAAUCGACAUGUUGAACAUUUGAGACAACUUUUCAAUGCAGAUUUGAUACCCCCGAAAUAUGACGAACGGAACCUCCAGACGGAACCGCGAUCCUAGGAGUUGUUAAUAAAUAAUUUUCUGUUGUGCUUUUCAAUUGAUAGAAUUUUUUGAUUCGAUAUGAUCCCAUAUUUGGAUUCUGAAUUUAUAAAUUUUGCGGUUCUUAUCGUUCGGGGGUUGUCGUGCCUGAAACUCUAUCUUUACCGCAUGACCUCGAAUGUUUGUUUUCUGAGGAGUGAAAUGCCGAGUUUGAUGUUUGUCUGAACUAACAAUUGCUCACGUAUAUUUAAUGUCGUUAUCGCGAUAUACUUAAAAUGAUAUAACCAGCUCCAAAGCUAUGUCCUAUUGAUACACAUCACAUUCUAAUAGUCGUAAAAAUGGUAUCUAUAAUACGUUUGAAGGUGUAAUUGACGAAACAGUUUAGAACUAACGUCGAGAUUCAUUGUAGUUAAUCGUCGACUAAUUUAUUACAGCUGAUGAAAAUCAUUACCUACACGUGAUUUCGCGAAGUUUUCAUUUUUAUGUAAUUUGUCGACCAAUAUUACUGAUUAUAAUGUAUCGUUGCUUCAAGUUCUAGCUCAUUAAUGUUGAUGCAACCCGAUCGAUAGUCUCUUUUCAUUUUACCCGAAUUACGUACAGACUGUAUUAAUUAUACAUACAGAUAAAUAUGAAUGAAUUUAUUACUAUAUGCAUUAUGAUCGGUAUGGUCGCAUUUUUUAGUCAAUAAAAGUCCGUCCGAUGAUUAGAUUUGGAACUGUAUCGAGCGUCCAAAUGACUUGGUUAUUUUUUAAGUCGUUUCGAAAAAUUUGGGACCUGUCAGAGAACCUUGAAUUCGUGAUCAAGAGAUUGACAAUUCAGCAGCAUUGCUAUGGCGCGAUAAUUAUUCAAUGUUGCGUCUGUCUGUAUUUGAUGCUGUUAAAAUUUUUAUAGGAUUCAUAAAUCAAUUUACAUUCUGUCAGCUUUUUUUUCUAACGAAUAAAAUAUAUGACAGGCUGUUAAUUACGCAAAAGUGGCCUAUGUUGUUUAUUAAUAAGUACGGAAUAUGUUGCAUAAUAAAUGAAUGUCGUGUGUGUGCGUGUUUUUAUUUCCUUGUUUUAAGUUUGUCCGAUUGUGAAUGCCUGUCUUGUACUAUAUGCAAAUAAAGAAACUAAUUAAUUACCUCAAA